UUUUUUUUUUUUUUUUUUUUUUUUUUUGGAGCUGGGGACUGAACCCAGGGCCUUGUGCUUCCUAGGCAAGCGCUCUACCACUGAGCUAAAUCCCCAACCCCAGUGUUUGCCUUUAAUCACUUUAAUCUUUCAUUGGAAAUAGUGGAGCUUGUCAUGUUGCUAAUCACAGUUCAUCUCUGUAUCUGAAAGUUGAAGAAAGAGCUUAAGAACUAGAAGACUCUUCCUCUUACCAUCUGCUUGAGUCUCACCAAAGAAGCUAAAUCAGGGUUGAAAGUAUAGAUAUUGGGAGAAGGGGAGAGACGAAAGUGCUGCCACUGAGCAGUAAAGCAAUGUUUUACAAGUGGGUUCCCUUUGCAACACAUUCCAUUUGUUUGAACCAUGUUGUAUUUAUUUCGCUUCAUUGGAUUCUGAGCUGGAAGAAGCAUUUUGAACACUUGAAAUGUGUGACAUUGUUAAAUUGAAAGCAUGGGAGGCAGAAGAAUAAUAGCAGCUGCUCAGAGGCAACGUUGGAAGAUCGAGGAUUUAAGCCUCUGGAGGAGCUAGGAUUUGAUGCGUGCAAAGCCCUACUUUUUGUCAAAGGGGCUGGUCUCUGGUUGAUGCUCUCCAAUUUUUCACUCAACAAAAUACACAGUUUCUAAUAGGUGUUAUUUGUCAACAAAUCCCAAAUUGGAGAGCAUGUACUUGUGGGCAAUUGAUUGGUAAAUAAGAUUUCCUUUGAUUUUCCUCUUUGAGGAGGGGCAAACCUAGCCAGUCACUUCUGAGCACCAAGCUCUGCCCCAAAAGGUUUUCCCUGUUCCCAAUAGCCAGCAUGCUUUCCUCUAACAGCAUUCAAGAAGACAAAUGCUCCUGUGCUAGGCUGCAAAUGGAUUAAAGCCAUGCUGAUCCUCAUCUGUCAGAACAAUUAACAUGAGGAAAACAUUUGCCCUACUUACAACAGAUGGGGAGGGGAGAGCUGGGGAGUUCAGUGGUGUCACUCAUAAGAUUAAUGUGGCCCUAUGGGCAGCAGAGAGCACUGGGUUUAUUUUUCUGAGCAUUAUAUAGAUUUACAGAGAUGACAGCACCAGCUAAAAGCACAGACUAUGUUCCUAAAGGGUUUCUGUAGGACCCUAAAAGAGACAAGGAAAAAAAUGUGACUGGGGUGUCUGGGGGUGCUUAAGAAAGAUGGCUAGUGUUUCUUACUGUAAAGCAGGACUUAUUGACCACUUUGUGUUCUCCUCACAUUUAAGCCCUGUUGAAUUCAAGGCUUAACAGCAACCUGACUUGCUCAAGGUUGUAUAAAUAUUAUUUUAAGAGUUUCAUGUAAUAAGUGGAAAAGACAGAAGUGGCUUCAAUCACUUUGAAACCACAGCUCUGUGGAGAAGGGCUUCAAACCUGCCUGAAUUCCACUAGAGAUGGCUUUGUGCCAUCUCUACAUGGAUACAUGGAAAGGAAAACAGAAUGCAGCAAUAAAGGAGGCGAUAUCUAGAAGAGUUUUAUUGUUCCCUGAUAGAAGUGGCAUGGGAGAAGGUGGAGGUUAACAGCACAGUAUAGAAGACAGACUGCAUGACACUAUUUACCAGAGCACUGGAUUAAAUUUUAAUUAUAAGAUGCCUAGAGAAGAAGGAAUCCAGCCAUCGGCAGAGGUACAGCAAUCACUGGAAGGAAUAGACUUGGGGGGAAAGGGGGAAAUACCCAUUUAGUGAGCCACUAUGGCAGAGUGGUUUGUGAAAUUGUUUCUUUCAAAUAUCCUUCCAGAAGAGACUCUCAUGGGUAAGUUGUCUACCCUGGGACCCCUGCUUGCUGUUGUCUUCUGGUUUCUAAAAUUCUUCAUUCUCCCCACCAUGACUUUGGUAUUUGAUUUGGACAUUUAACCAGUUUGCUGGAAAAUCUUCAGCACCGUCAGACAUCCUGUGACCCAGGCUACUUGUUUCUAAACCAGACCAACAGCUAGGGAGAGUCUUUGAGCAUCAAGAACAAAUGCUUUGCAGGGUCUCCCCAUGCACAUCCUGCCUCAGCAGCCUGUCUUCCUCCUCAGUCUCUACUCAUAACUCACCUUCUGAGCUGCUCUCUUUGUCUACCCAGUGCAUGGUUUGAUUCGAUAGCCCCACUUCUGCCUCUUUCUAUGCUAGCAACUGUUGGGACAAUGGUUCAUAUGGACAGGAUCCCCAGUAUGUUUUUCUUUUGUUUCUGUUUCAAAUGUGGAGGAAAUCUUAGAUAAGAGGGAGAAAAGAUUCUGACCUGAUUUGCAAACAAGGAAAGCAUUUUUAUAUUUAGAGCACAUUUUAAAUUAGUGGAGAUUAGAUGCGACUUGAACUUGAUUAAGGACACUUUAGUAUAUAAACUUGAUUGCAUUUGUUCAGCCAUUAGGACAAUAAUAGGAAGUCUGUGUCCUCACUUGGGACAAUCCAUCCAAAACCCCACUAACUUAAUAGUAUACACAUACUAUGAUAAUAGCUUCUUUAAAAAAAAAUAAACAGCCAACAUGUAAGUUAAACACAUUGAAAGGAUCAUGAAGACAUCUAAUAGUCAUUGCAAUUCUGACUUUUUCAUAUGUGAGCACCUUAAAUGAGGUAAUUUUAGUGGAGAAAAUUGCUAUCUGUUAAUAAUUGCCUAUAACCAUCUACAAAACCAAAUAGCUGGUUUCAACAUUGCCAGUUGUUUUUCAAUAUGAUGACUGAGGUCUGUAAGUAUUAAGGCCUAGGCUUUCCACCUUUGUGUCUGUUAGGGAUUUGCAAGAUGAUUUCCUAACCAUUGCUGCAAGUCCACAUUGUGUAAUUGUGCAAAUAGCAUGGUGACCUGCACGAUGCUUGGUUUGGCUUUUCCAUAGUUAACACUACAGGGGGAUUGAUUAAUGCUAAUCUUUAACAUGGAUCCUGCUUUCUGGUAGAUAGAGUGCUGGGUGUUCUAGAAACAGACAACAAUUUCCCAUUCUCAGGAGUUAACAGACCAAAUGCAGAAGGCUCAGCUCAAGAAGCAAGACCAUAGAGAUACUCUCCACUUGGCAGCCCUGGCAUCACUCAAGGGAGACAUAGUAGAGCUGAACAAACGUCUGCAACAAACAGAGCGUGAACGAGACCUCCUGGAAAAGACGUUGGCCAAGGCACAGUGUGAGCAGUCACACCUCAUGAGAGAGCAUGAAGAUGUUCAGGAACGCACGACACUCCGCUAUGAGGAGCGCAUCACAGAGCUCCACAGCAUCAUUGCAGAACUCAACAAGAAGAUAGACCGCUUGCAAGGUACCACCAUCAGGGAGGAAGAUGAGUACUCAGAACUUCGGUCAGAGCUCAGCCAGAGUCAACAAGAGGUCAAUGAAGACUCCAGAAGUGUGGACCAAGACCAGACCUCUGUGUCCAUCCCUGAGAACCAGUCUACUAUGGUCACUGCUGACAUGGACAACUGCAGUGACUUGAACUCAGAACUGCAGAGAGUGCUGACUGGUCUGGAGAGCGUUGUCUGUGGCAGGAAGAAGAGCAGCUGCAGCCUCUCUGUGGCCGAGGUGGACAGGCACAUUGAGCAGCUCACUACGGCCAGCGAGCACUGUGACUUGGCCAUUAAGACAGUUGAGGAGAUCGAGGGAGUCCUUGGUCGGGAUCUGUAUCCCAACCUGACUGAGGAGCGGUCCCGGUGGGAGAAAGAGCUGGCUGGAUUGCGGGAAGAGAAUGAAAGUCUGACAGCCAUGCUGUGCAGCAAAGAGGAGGAGCUGAACCGAACCAAGGCCACUAUGAAUGCCAUCCGUGAGGAGCGGGACAGGCUUCGGAGGCGGAUUAUUGUAACUACAUGUGUGAACAAGUGUCUGCGUACUGGAGUUUAUGUCCGAGAGCUCCAAACUCGGCUGCAGAGUGUACAAGCUACUGGACCUUCUAGCCCGGGUCGCCUCACUCCUGCCAAUCGCCCAAUUAACCCCAGCACUGGGGAGCUAAGCACCAGCAGUAGCAGCAAUGACAUCCCCAUCGCUAAGAUUGCCGAGAGAGUAAAGCUAUCGAAGACGAGAUCUGAAUCCUCAUCAUCUGACAGACCAGUCCUGGGCUCAGAAAUCAGUAGUGUUGGGGUUUCCAGCAGUGUGGCAGAGCACCUGGCCCACUCACUUCAGGACUGCUCCAAUAUCCAGGAAAUUUUUCAAACACUCUACUCACACGGAUCUGCCAUCUCUGAAAGCAAGAUUAGAGAGUUUGAGGUGGAAACGGAGCGGUUGAAUAGUCGUAUUGAACACCUCAAAUCGCAAAAUGAUCUUCUCACCAUAACCCUGGAGGAAUGUAAAAGCAACGCCGAAAGGAUGAGCAUGCUGGUGGGGAAGUACGAGUCCAAUGCCACAGCCCUAAGGCUGGCCUUGCAGUACAGUGAGCAGUGCAUAGAAGCCUAUGAACUCCUGCUGGCCCUGGCUGAGACAGAGCAGAGCCUUAUCCUGGGGCAAUUCCGGGCAGCUGGUGUGGGCUCCUCCCCUGGAGACCAGUCAGGGGAUGAGAAUAUCACUCAGAUGCUUAAGAGGGCUCACGACUGCCGGAAGACUGCUGAGAACGCCGCCAAAGCCCUGCUCAUGAAGCUGGAUGGCAGCUGUGGGGGAGCCUUCACAGUGGCUGGCUGCAGUGUGCAGCCCUGGGAGAGCCUGUCCUCCAACAGCCAUACCAGCACAACUAGCUCUACAGCCAGCAGCUGUGACACAGAAUUCACUAAAGAAGAUGAACAAAGGCUGAAGGAUUAUAUCCAGCAGCUCAAGAAUGACAGAGCUGCAGUCAAGCUGACCAUGCUGGAGUUGGAGAGCAUCCACAUUGAUCCACUCAGCUAUGAUGUCAAGCCAAGAGGCGACAGCCAGAGGCUGGACCUGGAGAAUGCCGUGCUGAUGCAGGAGCUGAUGGCCAUGAAGGAGGAGAUGGCUGAGCUGAAAGCCCAGCUCUAUCUGCUGGAGAAAGAGAAGAAAGCCCUGGAGCUGAAGCUGAGCACGAGGGAAGCACAGGAGCAGGCCUAUCUGGUGCACAUCGAGCACCUCAAGUCUGAAGUGGAGGAACAGAAGGAGCAACGGAUGCGGUCCCUGAGCUCCACAAGCAGCAGCGGCAAAGAGAAGCCUGGCAAGGAGAGUGCUGAUGCUGCCUCCCCAGCUUUGUCACUGGCUGAACUAAGGACUAACAGUGACAGUGAGCUGGCCACUGAGUUUGCCAACGCCAUCCGACGGGAAAAGAAGCUGAAGGCUAGAGUUCAAGAGCUGGUCAGCGCCUUGGAAAGACUCACCAAAAGCAGUGAAAUCAGACACCAGCAGUCGGCAGAGUUUGUUAAUGACCUGAAACGGGCCAACAGCAAUCUGGUAGCUGCCUAUGAAAAAGCAAAGAAGAAGCAUCAAAACAAGCUGAAGAAGCUGGAAUCUCAGAUGAUGGCCAUGGUGGAGCGACAUGAGACCCAAGUGAGAAUGCUGAAGCAGAGAAUAGCACUGCUGGAGGAAGAGCAUUCCAGGCCACAUACCAACGAAACUUCACUGUAACAGGCACUAUGGUGGCAAAGCUCUGCCCGCAAGAGGCUAACCUGGAGCAGCUCUGGAGCCCAAGGAAGGAGGGACUGUUGGGAUGAAGAGUGGAAAGGGAUAGAGGCUACAGGCUCCACCCUUGGGGGUGUGGGUAUUGUGGAUUAUGUAUGCAUAGGUUCCAGCUGCUCUAGGCCUGGCCGCAAAGGGCAUCUACAAUGGCUUCAGCCACAAGAUUAGCCACACCUUGUUUCUGCUUUCCCCAUUACAGUUCUCAAUUGUUCUGUGCUGCAGUGGGAAUCCAAGCAUUUGUGGAUCUCCAAGACUCCCCACCCCCUCUUUCACAGGCUGUAGACUUUUCUUCCUCCCUCUUCCGAGGGAAAAGUGACUGCUUUGUGUCUCCAGUAUCUAGGGCUAGUAGCUUACUGCAGCACAUGGCUCUGCUUUCCAGGUCCCAUGGUACCAGAUUCCUGAGAAAUGGUCAUGAAGAGUUAUUAGUUGGUAGUUACAGACCAAAGGAUGCACCAAGUGUUGUCACUGAGCAUCCUAGACACAGUGAAGAUUCAAAUAGAGCAGAACCAGGGCUCUAUCUGACAGAGACAGUUCUGCUCAAGACAAAUAAAAGCACCUUCCAUUUUUAUUUUAGAGGCAGGGCUAGGAUUCCCUUCUAGCAAGAGUAAAUUUAGAAUACUCUUGAUUUAUGUAGACACCCAAGAUUUUACCAGUUUUUUUUUUUUUUUCCAGAACAGAAAAUACAGUAUUAGCUCUCAGUUAGCCCAGGGUACUACGUAGCUCCUAUUCUGAAUCAAAACCUAAGCCACUUUAGCACCUAUGGGCCCUGUCUCCCUAAAGGCAAGAGGAUUUACACUGUUGAACAAGGAGACCCUUAGUGUACAAAUUGUUCCCUUAUAUUUAACGGAGUACCACUGAACCUUUAGUCUCUGACUGGAUGAGGGAAUGGCUGAUAGUGUCCUAAGUGAACUGGUGACUGGUUCAAAAGCAGGUUCAAAGAACCAGAACUCUGGGAUGUAUCCCAGAUUCAUUUAGUUCCUAUUGUAGCCUUCACUGUUUUGCCUUCUGCUGUUCAUGGAUACAAUUAAAGAACAGCUUGGCUUUUUAGCUUUUUUUCCCCUUCUGUAGCCCCCAACACUCUACUUCUCUGGUAUGAGAAAUGGGUCCAACUGCCGUGGUUAUCUAGGGGAAAGAUGCUGCAUAUAUGGCAGUGCUGUUGCUGUAGAUGCCUGGCUAUGAGUGGGUACACUUCUAGAAAGCAGACACGAGUUCCUCAGCCUUUUGCACAACAGAGGAAGAUACUCUGGCCUUCUCCUACGACAGACCCCGAAACGCUACAGCUCUUCCUUCUCAGACCAAGCCCUUCAUGUGGCAAAGAGGAACACAAAUGUGACUGGUUUGGGCCAAGGCCUGGCUUGCGAGUGUUGAUGGCUUUCUAGCCUUCUGUCAACACCUGUAAUGUUUUAGUAUUCAUGUUUUGGAGUACAGUUGUAUUUUGUUAUGCAGAAAAUAUGUAGGUACCUCUCUACCACCCCAAGGAUUUAAUAGGUAAAAUUAGUUUUCAGUUUUUUUUUUUUUCUUCUUUUCUGGCUAUACUCAAAAAUGUCUGCCCUCGAGCAAAUUGGGAUAGGCAUUGGCUGUCCUACUGGAGACACUACAGUCCAGAGUCCAGGUAAGGGAUACUUGCUAGGCUUCCCAUUCUGACCAUGCAGACACAGUGAUGGACAGCCGGUUAUGCUCUAAGUGAUUGAGAGCAGAAUACUUAGAUGUAAGUUAGGGAGGGAGGAUAGGUUGCCUGCCGAGGUUUGCCCCCUUGUCCCCAGGCUGGAAAAAUCUGAGAACCCAGACUUCUAGGUCCAUAGUUCCUCCAUAGGGAAGCCCCCAAAGCAAUGAUCCUACCUGGCCUUAGUCUGAGUUUCUAAGUACAUAAAUAUAUGGUGACUUGGUGAAAAAUUCGGCAAUGCCAAAUUUUUGAAUAAAUGGGAAAGGGCUAUAUAAUCUCCUUAUAUCUCUCAGUGUUGGUUGAGGGUGAAUCAGCAGGCAUUCGGUUAUGUGAAUUAUAGAAGCUACUGAUAAAAUACAUGACAGCAGGUGCCUAGGUAAUUUUCCUUUUCGUUUAACCUGGCGCUUCCUGAACCUACUUUUAAAUAGGAAAUGGUUUCAAUUAACAUGUCUAUUCCGGCAAACAAGAUUAUCUUGAUUUUAAUUUGUAUGGGGUUAAAAACCCUUAUUCAUAUUUUGAAUUUUCCCCCAAUUCCUCAGUAUUCAUAAAAAAUACGCAGAAGGAAAAGGUCCUUCAGGAACCACUUCAUAGUUUCCUUGGACUAUACUCCCCAUUCUGAACAGAGUUGAACAAACUCAACUCAGGGCAGCAGUAAUAGGCGGAGACAUCUAUGACUGGCUCUAGUACACUGCAACAAAGCCCAUGUGUACCAGCCAAAUGUGCCUUGCCUUGUGACAGUAAGAAAGCCUCCACUGGAGUCACAACAAAGGCCGUCAUGUGAUCAGAUAGUUGAGACCUAUCCUUGCCCUGUCAUACUCCAGGUGAACAUGAGAACUGUCCCCAGUGGAAGCAGAGACCUUUCAUUCACUCCAUCAUGUGCUGACAAUGUGCUUGUUGCCUGAAACUGGAUGCUACCUACCUACCUUUAACGAACACUUAGCUUUUAUUAGCCUAAGUGUGCAGAGCCUUUCAGAUGCAUGUAUAUACAUACAAGGUCUUCCUCAACACCUGCAGCAAUCCUUUACAAUGGCUUCAGAGAACUCUAAAUUAGAGUUUUGGCAGGGUUCUUAUAAGGAAGAGCAGGCCAAGACACACAGCCUUGGGUGUUUAUUCUAAAAACUGUUAAGAGGAGGCUUAAUAAGGACCUAGCCACUGUGAGGAAGACUUCUAUUUCCUACACAUAGAUAUUACCAUAAUAGAAAGGAAAUGCUUCUCAGGUCUUUUCUUCAUCACUGGCAUGGAUCAAAAUUCCCAGGCCUCUGUUUUCCUCCAUACACUACAGUCCACGAAAAAUUCUAUGCAACAACAUAAAUUUCAUAAACUCCUUUAGAGCUGUCAGGAGUAAAGAUUGUAUUAUGUUCAAGUGAAGGGCAGAGAGUAAGCGUGAAGACAGUAACAAAACCCCCACUCUGCUCUUAUUGAUCCAAACACUUCCAGUGAUUAAUGUUUAAUUGGGAGUAUGUCCAGUCAUUAUAUGAAUGUAGUGCCCUAAGUAAAAACAAUCACAUUCAUUAAGUGUAUACAGUGUCACUUUACUGAACGAUGCUUAGUGUUCUUGGAGCCCAACAGAGAAAUUCUUUGGCAGCUAAAAUUUCUGCACUGAUCUUCAUUAAGGUAUGGUCCUAGCAGGAAGUGGGGGUGGCCAUGGGUUCAAGAGCUUAAGCAACAGUAUUUUCCUUCUGCGGUACACUGCAGAUAUAAUUCCGGAAGAAAUCAGUAACUGAUUUUGUUUAGCCAAUGGAGCCUGGAAGACAGAGACUUAAGUGACAAAGAAUGACAGAGCAGCACCUUGGUCACAGCUUGCAAACUUUUAUAAAGCAGGAAUGGCUUGCUACAAAACCCAUCUCUACCCUUUCAGUGUUCAAGCAAUCGAACCCCUGUGUUUACAUAGGGUCAACUCUGAACCCAUGGCCUCCUGUUUCACUUCGUUUUCUAAACACCUUUGUGUUCAUCUGAGAUGCUGUGACCCCAGCAUAACUGAGCACGCUUGUAGAGAGGAAUAUUUUCAGACAGGCAAGCAUUACAAUUUUGGUAAUCCACUAUAACUGUAAUACGUUGUCUAAUAUUUUGAAGAUGUGUUCAAAAAGAAGUAAGAAGCUGCAUCCCAGAACCAAGAGCCACUGCUGAGUAACGACACCCUUGACUUAAUGUUUGGUCUUCCAAGUCUCUCAUGUGAUAUUACCCCAAGUGCCCACUUAGCAGCACAGAGUCGGUUCUGUAGAGAACUCCACACCCAUGUAGAUGCUCUACCAUUCUCCUCUUCCAUGGUUGAGAUGUGGAAGGGAUUCUGUAGAGUCCGCAGCGUUCUUCUGCAGUGCUCCUGUUGGGGCACUUACCUUCCUGAUGCAACAACUACAAAUGUUCACUUCUAUUUCUAAUUUGCUUUUAGACAUAUUAACUUACUUUGCAUGAAAUUUAACUUUUUUAUUAAUUGAAAAUGUUUUUUAUACCACUUGAAUUAGAAAAUCCUGCUUGAAUGCACUGUUCUUAAAGCACAUCUGUCUGCUGCAUCUGUCAGUACUGUUCUGCUUGUAUGGAAAGUGUCAUUUUAAAGUGGCUACUACACACUGUACUAUACCUUGUCAGUUUUAGAUUCACUUGUAGCUUUAAAUGUUUCCAGAUGCCUUUAGUUUUUAGCUGCUGUAAAAUAGCUAAUUUGUGUUAUUUGAUAUAGAAUUGUUUAAAAAAAAACGCCAUUUAUUUAUACAGAGACAUUUAUAAUAUUUUACAAACGUUCUUAUAUUCUGAAUAAAUAUUUCUACUUCCAUUCUGUAUCUGACUUUAAUUAAAGAGAAAGGAUGUUCUGUAGACGCAUUUGCCUGACACACACAGAAUACAAACCAGAGACUUUACACUGAAUCAGGGGCUAAAUCAGAAGAACGAGAAAACGACAAAAUUCUCACUUAUCCCCAAUUUUUAUUUGGCUAUCUUCACUAUCUUCACAUACAGCAUAAACAGAAGGUUCUUUAUUGAACUUUUCAAAGAUAAAAACAGAACAAAAAUAAAAGUUUCAGGAUGUCUAAUGUAAAGUAGGAGAUAGCAAGUAGUUUCACAGCACAUCAGGGGUGCUGAAACACAGAUUUUCUGCUACAUGUGAAGAAUUUUGGUAAGUUACAUAGCUGAGGACUCAAAGAACAGUGAAUUUCUCCUGCCUGGAGAGGCUGAAGCCUUUUACAUACCUGCAUUUUACACAUCAGAUGUUAUCUCCUCUCCACCACUGUGCUCCAGCUUAAGAGCCCAAGCUGAAUGGAGAUGAAGGGGACACUGCCAUGGGCCACUUUUAUCUCUGAAUAAAUUCUACCUUUUAUACUCCUAUGGAUGCAAACAAUUUCGCAUGUUUAUCCUAUACAUUCCUAACCUUUUUGGUCCAGAGUAACAACCUGCAAUAACCAGUAACAGCAGUGACUUACAGGAAGAAGUAAACAGAACAGGACCAAGGGUAAUUCGUUAAAGACAGACCAAAGCUAACACAGUAUUUGACAGAAAGGCAAUGUGAGCAGCCUUCCAUCACUGUCAAUGCAUUCUGUAAGGUAUGCUUUUAGCUCCUAAAUUAGUGUGAAUCACAUUAAAAAGCUUUUAGAAGUUACAGCACACUUACUGUUUAAAAGACAGCACUGCAGUUCUCUGUGGGAACACAGGUGUCAGUCACCCACAUCUUGGGAAGUACAGUGCUCCAGCAUCACUAAUUCACACAGCUGAGUCACUGGAAAUUUAUGAGUCACACCAAUGUAAGUGAAAAGCAGUUCCAAUCAUUCAUAUAUGCCAAACUCAAGGGGGGUGUGGGGGGAUGCAGGGAGCACACUGAAUAAAUCCAGCACUAAAGGAUGUCACAUUAUAGUGAACACAAAGAGCUAUUUUGGGGGUUCCUUUUUGGUUUCCUUAGAUGUUUGACUAAUAACUACAAUAAAGCAAAUAUUUCCAUAUUACCACAGACAUAAUCACAUAAAGGAUUUGUUUACAUCAUCUUUCUCCAAAUAAUAAAAUAUAAAACAUGGUUAUAAGCUAGGCAAGGAUUCUAUGUUAAAUCAUUUCAUAAGACAAAAUCAAUUCUAAAGCCUAGCUUUUCACUGAACAAUGUAUCAUUAAUGAAGUAAUUUCACCCACACUCAUGUGCCAGCUUUUUGUAGCUUCCAUGACUCAGCACUUACAACUUAGAUGCACUUAGAUUGUUUGAAGACUACACAGUUCAGGAACAUCAGGUCUUCAUAACAUAGUGUAAAAUACUAUAAACCAAAGACACAGUGCAUAAACACAGACACAUUUUAUUCACUUUUGCACCCAAACUAAGCUGUAGGUUUCAUUUUGUUAAAUAUUCCCCCACCCCCAGACAGGGUUUCUCAGUGUAAUCCCUGGCUAUCCUGAACUCCAGACUGGGUUGUCCUCAAACUCAAGAGAUCCACCUGCCACUACCUCCCAAGUGCUGGGAUUAUGGGUAUGCAUCAUCUCUACUGGCCUGAUUUAAACAUCUGAAUUAAGAGAAUAUCACUUAAAAUAGCUAGAUAUAUGAACACUCAUGAAGACUCAUUACGGUUUCAUUGAAGCCAACAGGUUAACUGAAUUAUACAUAGGUCUAGUAAGUCAGUACUCAUUUUUACAAUUACCAUGAAAUUCAAAACUUAUCAACAAAUAUAAAAAAUAGUUUUCAAAAACUAAAACAAAGGUAAUGGUUUUACUGUAAUGAUAGGGAAACUAUUUGCUGAACUGAAAAGAAAAUUACUAUUUAUCCUCUUGUCCUAAUUUGAAACAAUAUAUAAAAUGAUGAAAGGCUCAGUUCCUUGGAUUCUUGCAUUUAACACUUAAUAGUUACUUGUCCGCCAUUCAAACACAACCUAGAAUGUGGUACAUAGACAUCAGUGAGACACAGGCUCCCGCAGCUCACACUUUUUUACAAGGCACCGUGCAUGCCAUGUGUCCGAGCCCACUGCCACUCAGACUUCAGAAGUACUGUUGCAUCUCACCAGACAUUCGUCAAGCCUCAGACACCAACCUCAUGGCUGCGCCUCUCUGCUGAACACUGCAAAGGCUGUGCUAAAUUUCUUAAAGCUUGAGAAAUGGCUUUUAAAAUGUACAGUUGUGUCCCAAGUGCUUCACCAGUCUACAGCUACUAUUUAAAAGAUUUGGAUCAAAUAAUUAACAUUAGAAAGCAUUCAAUCUUCUUCUUUAAAAGUUUACUCACUACCCUAAGAACUGAGUGUCGGGGAAUGCUGCCCAUUCCAUUCGAAAACUACCAAAGAGAAGCUCAGAGUGGGUUUUUUUUUUUUUUUUGUUUUUGGUUUUUUUUUGUUGUUGUUGUUGUUCCCACACUGAUUUCACAGCUAUAUACAAUGACUGAGAGCACAGUCCUUCUAAUCUACUUGAGACUCAGGAGUUAAUGUUACAGCAAAUUCUCAUGGUGUCAGAUGUAUUAGAGACGUAGCACAAAUAAAAAGCAUGGGGAUUCCUGAAAUAGAGGCUCAGAAAAGGACAUUCAGCAAACUAGUAACAACAUCAACAAAAACUACAACC